CAUCCCGUUAACUCAUCUCGUGAUGUCGAGAGCGUCGAUGCUCGACGAGAACGGUUUAAAGAAGGGACCUUGGACGCCUGAGGAAGAUCGAAUAUUAGUGGAUUAUAUUGAAAAACAUGGUCAUGGGAGCUGGAGAGCUCUUCCAAAGCUUGCUGGUUUGAAUAGGUGUGGUAAGAGCUGCAGAUUAAGAUGGACGAACUAUCUUAGACCUGACAUCAAAAGAGGAAACUUUUCUAAUGAAGAAGAGCAAAUCAUCAUCACCCUUCAUGCAUCUCUCGGAAACAAAUGGUCGAUAAUAGCUAGCCAUCUUCCAGGACGAACGGAUAACGAGAUUAAGAACUUUUGGAACACUCACUUGAAGAAGAAGCUUCUCCAAAUGGGUAUCGAUCCAGUCACCCACGUGCCAAUGCCUUCCGAUCAUCAUAUGAACACUUUCUCAAAUCUUCAUCACUUGCUUUCUCUUUCCACAGCUCCAUGGGACAGUUCGUUAAGGCUACACACACAAGCUCACCUCCUCCAAAAUGUUCUACAAAUUCUAAACUCUCCUUCUUCUCUAGCCAUUUCAAAUAACCUCUUCAACACACAACAAAUCACAAACCUAACUUAUAAUCACCCUAUCGGAUCCUUUUUCCAAACCUUCCCAAGUAACAUACAACCCCUACAAGAACCACUAUCAUGUGACGACUACGCAACAACCGCACCUGCGUUAGGGUUGGAAAACGAUUGCAAUCGAGCGGAGUCUUUUUAUGACAUGAGCCAAUGCCCAAACUCACUUCCCGACUUGAUUCCAGCUUCUCCCGAGUGCUCGAAAAUACCAACCGCCAUAGAAAAUAAUUGGGGAGAUAUCAUGGAUGACGAAACUUCCAAUUCUUACUGGAAACAUGCGAUAAACCAAACUCCUCCGCCAUGGUCGGUCUCGUAGAGGUUCAGUAGAGGAUGUCAUUUCUUAACAACUCGUGGUGAUAUGUGAAGAGUUUUACAUU